UGAAGAUGAUGAUGAUAAUGAGACGACGAGAAUGACCACCAAGGAUGAUGUGAAGACACUUGUGACCGGCCUGGAAAGGCUGGACUUCCACCAUCCGUAUACGCCGUAUGAUGUGCAGGAAACAUUUAUGAAAACUGUGUAUAAUGUGCUUCAGGAAGGGAAUGGCCAGGUGGGCAUUCUCGAGAGCCCAACAGGAACUGGCAAGUCACUCUCGUUGAUAUGCGCAUCACUUACAUGGCUGCGCCAUUUCAAAGCCUCCAAGCACCAAGUUGAGCUGCAAGAGGCACGUUCUGAAUUCAAAGAUGAGCCGGACUGGCUGAUUGACCAGCUUCUCCGCCGAAAACAGGAUGAGCUUCUCAAGAGGUGGGAGGACCGUGAGAAGCGGCUCGAGAUGCUGCGCCAGAAAGAAAAGAUUUCUGAGGACCGGGCCAAGAAGCGCAGACGUAUAGAAACACACAGUGCGUCGUUGCAAUCAGAAGACGAAAUUGACGCCGAGUUUUUGCUAGAAGACUGGGAGACGCGCGGUGCUCCGUCGUCCAACGACCCAUUGUCUGGCCUUAGUAAAGAGUCCCGAGCCGUCUUGGAGCGCAUGGGCCUAGGCAGCCGAAAAGGAAACAAGGAAGAAGAGAAUGAGAACCUAGACGAAGAGAUCAAGAUCUACUAUACGUCGAGAACGCACUCGCAGCUCUCCCAGUUCAUCACUGAGCUGCGCCGCCCUCACUUUCCAUCAUCACUACCCAAAAAUCUCGCCAAGGACACUGAAUCGUCUGAAGUCGUCAAGCUACUGCCACUGUCAUCACGGCAAAAGCUAUGCAUCAACCCGUCCGUGUCGCGCCUCUCGUCCGUGCAGGCCAUCAACGACCGCUGCUCCGAGCUGCAAGGCGCCAAGUCUGGCAAAAAGUGCGACUUUGUCCCGCGCGAAGAACUACUUGCGCAGACACACGAGUUUCGAGAUACGGCGCUCGCCACACUCCCCGACAUUGAAGACCUGCACCAGCUUGGCAAGUCCUUGAGCGUAUGUCCGUACUAUGCGUCGCGCACGGCGCUACCCGGCGCGGAGAUUGUCACGCUUCCGUAUCCCCUACUCCUACAAAAGAGCGCGCGAGAUGCUCUAGGUAUCAAACUGGAAGGAAACGUCGUGAUUGUGGACGAGGCGCACAACAUCAUGGACGCCGUGGCGAAUGUCUACUCGGCCGAUUUGAAGCUCAGCGAGCUCCGCCGAGGGCGACAAAUGCUCGGUGUCUAUGUGCGCAAAUUCGGCAAGAAACUCAAAGGCGAGAACCGCGUCAAUGUCGGGCGUGUCGGGCGUGUCAUUGACGGUCUGUCCGAAUGGAUGACAUCUGCUCUACAAUUCAAGAACGACCACGGCAUCGUCGACCCCAACGACCUCACCCGCCCCAAGGGCAUCGACCAAAUCAACCUCUUCGAACUCAUCCAAUACAUCCAACAGUCCAAACUCGCCUACAAAAUCGAAGGCUACGCCAGCCACAUUGAAUCCCAGCAGCAACAAGACCCCUCCCAAAAACCAAAAGCACACUCCUCCACACCCAUCCUCCACACCUUCGUAUCCUUCCUCAUCGCCCUUACCAAUCUCAGCACUGAAGGCCGCAUCUUCUACCAGAAACUCACUUCUGCACAAGACAUCCAACUAUCCUACCUCCUCCUCUCGCCCACCCACGCCUUCUCAUCCAUCGCAUCCGCCGCCCGCGCUGUCAUCCUCGCAGGCGGCACCAUGUCCCCCUUUGGCGACUACAAAGACCACCUCUUCCCCACGCUCGACGACAGCAAAAUCACCACCUUAUCCUGCGGCCACGUCAUCCCCGCUUCCAACCUCGCCGUAUGGACCCUCGCCUCGUCACGGAUCGGAGGCACGACUUUUGAAUUCAGCUACCAGCGGCGCAGCGACACCGAGAUGGUCAACCAGCUUGGUCUGGCUAUCCUCAAUAUCUGCGCCGCCGUGCCGGACGGCGUGGUCGUCUUCUUCCCAUCCUACGGAUACCUUGACCAAGUGUCAGAAACAUGGCAGAAGAAGAAUAGUGAUGGUAGCCCGUCGAUAUGGGACAGGCUGCAGACCCGCAAGGCCAUCUUUACCGAAGAUAAAGGCGGUUCGAGCGACGACGUACUAGCUCAAUACUCUGCGGCCAUCUUGGGCCCAGAGGCCACAAAGGGCGCUAUUCUGCUGAGUGUCGUGGGCGGCAAGAUGUCCGAAGGCAUCAACUUUUCGGAUAGGUUGGGUCGGUGUGUCGUGGUGGUGGGUUUGCCAUACCCGAAUAUUGCGUCACCGGACUGGAAGGCCAAGAUGGAGUAUAUCGAGACGACGACGCUGAGCAGGUUGCCGCCGACACUGAGCAAAGAGGAGGCAGGGGCGCAGGCGAAGCAGGCCGCGCGGGACUUUUACGAGAAUGCGUGCAUGCGGGCGGUUAAUCAGAGCAUUGGGCGUGCGAUUCGCCAUAGAGGGGAUUAUGCGGCCAUUGUGUUGGUGGAUAGACGCUACGGGACGGAGAGGAUACGGACGAAGCUGCCGGGCUGGAUCCGGGGCGGCAUGGUUAUGGAUAGUCAUGAGAAGGGACUGGGUGGGCUAAUGGGCAUGCUUUCGACGUUUUUCAGAGGCAAGAAGUAGAGCUAAUUCCUAUAAAUUGCAUAUAGUGUUGUAUUUAUAUAUGUGUGUUUACACAACUUAUACAAUAUAUAAAUACAUAGAACAGGUACGUGGUUUUAUGUGUGUAGGGAGCGGAUCCUAAUAGAUUAAUACAAUAGUACGAAUUCUAAUAAUAUUAUAUGUAACAAAAAAAUCGAACAAAAAAUAUAUGCAUAAAAAGGCGUAGACUUUUCAGUGUUUCACGUGUUACAAUCAAGUGUACGUGCUAGCCACGGCCGAGACUUAAAAGGUAAAGUCGGCGAUAAAGGCAGCGUGGUCGGUAGGCCACUCGUUGUCGGCCGUGUUGGGGGCGACAUUGGGCUUGCCAAAGACAAUGGGCUCGGAAGCAACAGGCUUGACACCGCCGGCGUAGUAGUUGUAGUCGCCCUCAUCGAGCGAGACGGCGUUGAUGUAGGCGCUGCCCUUGGCGUCGGGGGCAAAGACCCAGGCGCUGUACGAGUACUUGGAGCCGUCCUUGGGGUUGUUGGUGCCCUUGUAGAGCGCGACCCAGUUGGUGCUGUCGACAGCAGCGACAGUGUAGUCAAAGGUGACGGCAGCCUUGUUGGGGUUGUAGACGAGCGAGUUGCCAGCAGCAGCAGCAGCAGCACUCAGUCUCUGUACUGUAAUUACUGUACGGUACUG